UGCCACACGCCAGUCGGGAGAGUAAGGCUCUGUCUGAUACCAGUCCGCAAUCAUGGAGGUGUACGAUGGCGAUGAGCCCAGCAGAGGCCGUCGCAAACCAAAACCUCCUUGGUUUAAUUUAUCGUUGACCCCUCGUUCAUACUUUCCUUUUCACCACAUCGAGUUUUCUUGGUCAGGUCCUCCGCAGUUGCAAAAUCAAGCCCAGACAAACCCUCCAAGAGCCCGUUCAACAAUGAACCAAGAUGGACCCAAUCACCGGGAUUGGCCUCGUUGCUGCGUUGCUUCAGCUAGCAGGACUUGGAAUCAAGGGGGUACUUCAAUGGAUCAGACUCUUGAAAGAUCUCAAGGAGACGCCCGCCAAGCUGACCGAACUCCUCAAUGACACCGAAAACGCCAUACUACGAGUCGUCGAACUUGAAGACAUGCUACAGAGCCCGACGUCUGCUCUCGCCAAGUUGCUCACUCAGCAGCAACUGACGAGCCUCUGGAAUACCAUCGCCGAUGUUCGCCGAGCUACGGAUGCCCUCCGCUUGGAUCUGGAGCCACUUUAUGGCCACCUUCAGACCAGCACACUGAGUACGCCUAGGUCCGGUGUAAGGAAGCUCUGGAAAAGUGUGGUUGGGCUGGCGAAGGAGCGCAUCAUACAAGAACACCUGAGAAAAAUUCAACGGUACAAUAAUGAGCUUACCAAGCAGCUUUAACUUGCCGGGCUAGGUCUUGAGGCAAGAGUAAUAGAAACAUCCGAAGAAGUUCGUAACUCUGUUAUAUCAAACACCACUAAGCUUGAUGACAUGGACGCAAAAGUGGUGGA